AUCGCCGUCUCAUAAAUCCGGUCGGCGCCCACAUCCACCUCCGCCUCCGCCCGCCGCCACCUUCUCCUCUACUUCCCGGCACCGCACCGCCUCUCCCGGUCCCAGCACCGCACCGCGCUCCUCGGACCAACCACUGGGCUCGCCAGUCGCCGACGCUCCAGGCAGGGGCCCGUCGAGGGCGAGAGAAAUCCGCGCCUCGGCCCCCCUCCUGCCGCGGGAUUUCAGUUACCGCCCGCUGCCGCUUCAUCCGCGAAGGCAGGCAGGCAGGCAGGCAGGCAGGCAGGCAGGCGGCGGCAAUGCCGCUGGGCUCGCCCGUGAAGCGCCUGCUGCGGCGUGCGGCCAAGGGGAGGCUAGACAAGGCCGAGCUGGCGGUGGCGGGGCUGGCCGCGGCGGCCGCCGCGCUGCUGCUGCUCCUCCUCUGCGCCUCCUCGCUCCGCUGCUCGGCCGCCGCGCUGGUGUCCGCGCACGGGAGGCUCUGGGCCGGCGGGGUCUCCAUCGCUGCUGCUUCGGACGCGGAUGCGGCGGCGGAUGUCGACAAGCGGCCCGUCUCCGCACCGGCUACUGCGGCGGCGGGGAGUGGUGGCGACGACGAGGAGGAGUGCGACCUGUUCGACGGGGAGUGGGUCUCGGCUGGUGGCGGCGGGUACCCGCUCUACGACUCCAGGGACUGCCCGUUCCUCGACGUCGGCUUCCGCUGCGCCGAGAACGGCCGCCCCGACACGUCCUACACCAAGUGGCGCUGGCAGCCGUCGCGAUGCCAUCUCCCCAGAUUUGAUGCCAAAAGCAUGCUGGAGAAGCUACGAAACAAAAGAGUAGUUUUUGUUGGUGAUUCAAUUGGAAGGAACCAAUGGGAGUCUCUACUUUGUAUGCUCUCUAGUGCUGUUCAUAACAAGAGCUCUAUCUAUGAAGUUAAUGGGAAUCCCAUCACAAAGCACAUGGGUUUCUUGAUUUUCAACUUUACAGACUACAAUUGCACUGUGGAAUACUACAGAUCCCCCUUUAUAGUCCUUCAAGGUCGUCCACCAGCAGGAGCCCCUGAGAUUGUUAGGUACAGUAUUCGAGUGGAUGCAAUGGAUUGGAUGUCUGACCGGGGUAAGUGGAAGGAUGCUGAUGUAUUGAUCUUCAACACUGGGCAUUGGUGGAACAAUGAGAAAACAAUCAGGGGGGGUGCCUACUUUCAAGUAGGAGAUGAGGUCAAAAUGGGCAUGACUGUUGCAGAUGCUUACAGAAGGUCGAUACAGACAUUGUCUGAUUGGCUUCACAAAGAAGUUAACACAAGCAAGACCCAUGUCAUCUACCGUACAUAUGCUCCUGUGCAUUUCAGAGGUGGUGACUGGAAGACUGGUGGGAGCUGUCACUUAGAAACUCUUCCAGAUGUGAUGCCAGUGAAGUCCCUGGAUGAAUGGGCUGACUUGCUUCAGCCCGUGAAUGAUUUUCUAGGGAGCAACCUCAGAUCCAAGUUGGUUGGAUUAGACCUGCUUAAUGUGACGAGAAUGACAGCUCAGAGAAAAGACGGCCACCUCUCAGUAUACCUGAGCCCUUCAGGACCUGUCCCUCGCUACAAACAGGAUUGCAGCCACUGGUGCCUUCCUGGAGUUCCUGAUACCUGGAAUGAGCUUCUCUACGCCCUUGUCAUGAGAAAGCAUGAGAAGAUGGGUCAGAAUGCUUCCCUUGCUAGCACUAGGACACUGCACACUGAAGAUGGAAAUGUCUUCAGCUGAUCAUCAUGACAAAACAAGUUUCAUAGUCAUCCUGCGCGAUGAGUCGAUAAUAGCUGCUGUUUCACAUACCAAUUAGGAUAGGAUGCCAGAGUGGCGAAACACAUUUUUGGAUCAUGGGCGUUUGCAGGAAGCUGCGUACCGCCCUGCUGUGCUGUGUUUGCAUAUGGUGAUGUUAGUGAAUAGCUGAGCUAGAGGUCAGUUGUAGUAUAGCUUUGUGUGGUGAAGGCAACUUGUAUGGCUCAUGGAGAGGUUAUUGGAAUUGGCAUUGGCAGUGUAUCUAGGGUUGCUACAGCGAAUGAUGUAAAUAUGUAGCUGUGAAAGUGGGGGUGGUUUUAACUGAAGCUCACUGCAGUUACGAGGUGCAUGUGCAUGUGAAUCAAGAAUUUCUAAGCUGUACAAUUGUUGCUCAACGGCUCGAGUUCCAUGCUCGUGAUCUCAUUUUGUGUGUGCCUUA